AUGGCGCCGAGGGAGAAAGCGGUUGCAGCAGAGAAAGCAGGUGGUGGGAUAAAAGAGGUGCAUUUUCGGGGGGUGAGGAAAAGACCGUGGGGAAGAUAUGCGGCGGAAAUAAGGGAUCCUGGGAAAAAGAGUCGCGUGUGGCUGGGUACUUUUGACACGGCAGAGGAAGCUGCCAGAGCCUACGACACCGCCGCUAGACGAUUCCGCGGCACCAAGGCAAAGACCAAUUUCCCGUCUCCGGAUCUGAACAUGAAUGCUGAGAAUCUGAAGAAAAGCAACGAUCUUUUUGUUAGCAAGAAAAAUAUCCAGAGCCGGAGUCCUAGCCAGAGCAGCACCGUCGAAUCAGCCAGCCAUGAUAACUCGCUGGCGGUGAUGGACUCCUCUCCUUUCGACCUCACUUUGGGUGGAUCCAAAAGGUUUCCAUUCCAGAACCACCAUUACUUUCGCCCCACGCCGAUUCCCGGACAACUCGCCGGAAGGUUCGUCGGAAUUUUACCGAUGCAAUCCCAGAUGCUCUAUCUUGAUGCCUUGUCAAAGCAAGAUAUCGUCAACCGCAUCAAUGAUCACAGCCUUAUGACUCUGGAUUUCCUUAAAGGCGGCAGCGCCGCUGGAUCCGAAAGUGAAUCCAACUCAUCUGCUGUUGUCGACUUGAAACCCAACAAUGGUCUUCGUCUUGAUCUCAACCUCCCACCACCACCUGAGAAUAACUAA